GACCAAGCCACCCGAUAAUGCUCGGUGUUUUUUGUUGCCCAGUUCAGCGAACUUGAUCAAGGCCCGCAUCACUCCCCUCCGAACAUCGCAUACAUCCGCCUCCUUCACCAUGUCUGGAAUCUCUCUUGUCAACCAGGUCAAGGCCUCCAAGUUCUUGUCUGGAUUCCUCCAGCCUGUCGCCAACGCCUUCGUCAACGCUGCUGGCUACCGUCAGCUUGGUUUGCGCUACGACGAUGUCCUUCGCGAGGAGACCGAUAUCAUUCGCGAGGCCAUCAAUCGUCUUCCUGAAAACGAGAGCUACGAGCGUGUCUUCCGCAUGAAGACUGCUUUCCAGUACUCGCUCUCGCACACUGUUGCCACCAAGGACAGCGCCCUUAAAGCUGAGGAUGAUAUCAGAUACCUGACCCCCCUCAUUGACGAAGUUGCUACCGAGGUUACCGAGAGAGAGGAUUUCAACAACAUCAAAUCUUUCAGCAAGUAGGAACACUCCAGCACAGGACAGAUAAUCGAUAAAUGUUGGAACGAAUCGAAGACUAAUAGAGGCACCAGGACCACAACGCUAGAAAACUAGAAAUAAAAUAAACAUUACUCACGCUACACAUGCAAAACAGCGUUGUUGGGA